AGUGAGAGGUGGACGGAACGGGAAGGAAGGAGGGAGAAAGAGAGAGAGAGAGAGAGAGAGAGAGAGAGAGAGAGAGAUAUUUUUAAUCUUCAACAUACUGUUUUUCUUUCUUUAUCUUCAAUUCCAUCUCUCAAACCAAGACAUCAAAAACAAGCAUAGCGAUGCCCUUGAUGGCUGCCAUGAAUGAAACACAAAAGGGGGGACACUUUUCUAGCCCGAGCAGCUCUUGGCAGGCAGAGGCGGUCCGAGGAGUUCAGAUUGCUGCCACCCUGUUAAUUUUCCUGGUGGGCGUACCUUUAAACAUGCUAGUGGUUUGGGCACUUGGACAAAGACGACGCUAUUUGAGUCGCAGAGGCAGCAAGGAAGAGACACGCUCUGCGACCAGUUUUCGAAUCUACGUCCUUAACCUGGCGUUGGCAGACCUGGUGCUGAUACUUCGGACGCCCCUCAUGUUGGGAUACCUCGCCCACAACAACAGCUGGCCAUUUGGUUUUUCCCUUUGCCGCCUCGUCAUGUUCCUGCGAGGCUUAGGGUUGUAUGUUUCGGCCUUUCUUGUCUGCGCUGUGGCCUUGGAAAGAUGCCUGUGUCUACUGCGGCCCGUGUGGGCUCGACUGCGCCGCCCCGCCUGGGCUGUUCCUUUGGCAUGUGGCUUGUGUUGGCUGCUGGCCACUACCCUAUCUGCCCCCUACCUGCACAGUGCUGUUUUGAAGGAAUAUAACAACACCCUCCAAUGUCUGGAAAGUGGAAAGUUUGACAUGGGGCUUUUUAUCACAGAGACCGUAGCAGGCUUCAUAUUGCCCCUGCUGGUGUUUUUGGGAAGUAAUUCAGCAAUUUUGCUUACUAUUCAACAGUCGGCACCAAUUAGUCCAACCUCUCCCUCCCCUUCAGUUUCACGCAAAAUGACCAGGAUGUAUCAAGUGCUCUUUUUUACGAUGCUGCUCUUUCUCAUUUGCUGGGUACCCUACUUUGUGUGCCGAUUCCUGCGGGCCCUGGCUGAAGGACAACCUGAUAAGGUUGCUCUAUAUAAAAGGGCAUAUUAUGGAAGCUACAUCUCACUGUACCUAGUAUACAUCAAGAGUGCCCUUAACCCCGUACUCUAUGUAUUUGCCGCCCGAGGCCUCGGCCGGGCAGUCCGAGCUUCAGUCACCUCUACCAUUGAUCGACUCUUCAAUGAUGAUUCCACCGAGACCAUUAGAAAGAAAUCUCUCAAAAAAUCCCAGAUUUAGCCUGAGAUUUAAGGCAGAGAUUAAGUAAUUUUUCUCACUGAUCAGAAAAAAUGCACCACAAGGUGAUCUGAUGUUUCUUGCAGUGUCUUGCAUGAGCAUCUGGCUCAAUUUAGUUUUUCUCCGUUGCUUUUGUAUGUUUCUCAGAUCAGAAUUUAAAUUCCCAUAACAGUUUGUGCAUUUCUCAAAACAGGUCAUACAAAAAACAACAUCGAUUACCUGCAAAAGCCAUUUUUUUGUGCACAAUUCUUACUCUUUCAUUCAAAAUUACAUUUCUAUGUCAAUGAACAUGUCAGUGCUGUCAGAAUGACAGGUCCUUGUUUCAUUGUGUGCAGAACACACAGUCAACUUGCUUUGUCAAGCUCUUAAUAUAACACUACCUCUGUUUGAAGGCUCUAAUGCUGAAGAUGGUUUAUGUAAAUUUUGAUGAAAUUUACAAGUUACGCCUUUGUGUGUGGGAGAUUGAUUGCAAGGGACUGGACAAGAUUCGUUUUUACACUUUUACUGUUUUUACAAUGUGUGUUAUUGCGAUACAGAGAGCAAAAGACAGCACUGAGUAUCACAAACAUAAACAAGCAAAAUUAGAAAUGUGAACAUAAGACAAUUAGCACAACUAAACUUCGAGUGCUGCCGGGAUUUUUUCCCAUUUUUUCUACACAUCUUGACGUUUGCUCUGUUGGUCCAGAUAUUUUCAUCCACAUCACAACGGAUGUCCUCUCUUGCUAUACAGUGUGGAAAGACUCUUGUUGAAUGCCUUAUCCAGCCUCUGCAGACAUCUGCUGUGAUGGCACUGCAUGCUGCUGCAUUCAUGGCAUCCAGGAGUGAUCUGAGUGUGAAGCUGGCGAUCAUACACUUGCUAUCUCCAUGUAGAGAAAAAACCUUCUAUGGGAUUGAGGAAUGGGAAGUACGGUUGGAAGAACUUCAUUACCAUUCUGUUGUGGGUUGCAAACCAGUCCCUGAUUAUGUUGGCGUUGUGGAAACUCACAUUGUCCCAAACUAUUACAAAUUUUGGCAGGUUAAAAUAAAUUACGUAACGUAAUGAAAAUGCUUAGAAAUAAGCACACACGUCAACAUAUUCUGACAUGUUCAUGUAAAGACUUAUGCAAUGAACUAAUGGUGAGACUAUUCAUUAGAGACCCAUGAUAAUCCAUUUCGACCAUCAUGACAGAUGCAGCUGAUAAUUUAGGAAACAGCAGAGAAUUGUACAAAUUAUUUGCAUGGAUGUACGAAAACAUCUGCAACUUGUUCAAAGAAAUGAGAAACUGCUUUUUUGAUGUGCACUAGUGAUACAAUGUUGUGAGGAUUGAACAAGUAGUUUUGAGACUUUCAAGUCCGAGCAGAGAAACGUACGAUAGCAAUUGAGGAAAAACUAAUUUAAGUUGAAAGAUUUGAGUUUGGACUGAGCCAGAUUUAGAUAUGUUGAUAAAUGCACUACUGUUUGAAAAUA